GUUGUGCCACGAAACACGAAGAAACUACGCGAGAAACUAACAGGAAAAUGAAAACCGCGGCAAAAGAAACAGAGAGAGAGAGAGAGAGAGAGAGCGAUUAAUACUAGUAUUAAAGAAUGAAGAUUAGGGUUUUUGAAUUCAAUUAGCUUUACCGAUUGUGUUCUUAAAACGAAGCCAUGAAGCGCAAGGAUCUUCAUCAUGAUCUCUCUUUCAUUCCAUUUUCUCCCAGAAAAUCCCCAAGACUGGAUGUUGAAUUACUUGAAAACAUGAAUGAAGACCCACCAAUUAGAGUUCCCCAGAUACUUGAACAAGGGUUGUUAUUGCAAGAUCAACAACAACCCUUCACAUGCAGUAGUAAUAAUAUGCUGCAACUGGCUGUUGCUCCACUGUCGAUGCUUUCGAGUAAUAGUUUGGAGGAGAGAGCUCUUUUUCUCUACAAUCAGCCACUAAACACCCCGUUUUUUAAGUCUCCGUGUUCACCUGAUUUUCCUAUUGUUGUGAACUCUGCAUUGAUUCCGGGAUUGAAAGAACAUUUCCUCGCACUAGGAAAUGGGAAGUUAGGGAAUUCCAUGGAGAAAGAAGACACAGACAAGAACCCCAUGGUUUCAAAUGACUGUGUGGCUGUUGUUCCCUGGGUUGCACCUCAACCUCCUUUAGCCUCAGGAGCAAAGUCGCCUUCAGCAGGUGUGUCAGAGGCCAUGGAAACGGAGGAGGUGGAAAUGAUGGACACAGAUUAUGACUCCGAUUCAAAUAUCAGUGGUCAAAGGGCUUUUGAGUAUGAUGGAAUGGUGCAAGAAGCUGGAGAAUUACCACACUGGCAGCAACAACACAGUAUGCAGCCACAUUUCCUUAAAAACAAUUCGGCUCCUGUCGAAUGGUAACACAUUGGUUGAGCUGCUUCAGCACUUGAUGUUGUACAUGUAGGCCCAGUUGUUAGAACUUAGAAGAUAACAGAAUAGGACUUUCUUCACCCUGAUUUUGAUUUUCUUUUUCCAGGCAGUGCUAAUUACAAUGUGCCCUCUAAACUCUAAAGGGGAUUUUAUGUAAAUAAAAGAGAUGGUAGGUUGCAAACUGCAAGGACUCUGAAUCACUGUUCUCACGUUUUUAUCCAUGAUCAGCUUCUGGGAAGCCUUCUUUUCA